AUGAAAGUCAGGAAAAGGCGCCGGGCACCCACGAGCCCGCUGGAGAAGGCGAACCGGAAAAGCGACCAGGACUUCAUUGCCGACUACCUGCAGCCAGGCGCGCCGGGCUUGUUGCCAUGGAUCCGGGAAUGGAAACAUCCGCGGACACAAGAGGACUACACGGUAGAUCUCGUCAAGUCCAAUCUCAUGCAGGAAGAUGAGAUCCAAGCAUGCUUCCGGCUGAUCGAAGAGACCAGCCGGAGCGACUACGAAAACUCGACGACGAGGUGGACGCCGGACAGCAAGCUCAAGGAGAUGAGAUCGGAGGGGCUCCGGUACAUCCUGGUCCGGGACGGCGACCGCUCGGUGCGGGGGUUCACGUCGCUCAUGCCGACCUACGAGGAGGGGCAACCGGUGGUCUACUGCUACGAGAUUCACCUCAAGCCGGACCUCCAGGGGACUCGGCUCGGGGCACUCCUGAUGGGGUUCCAGGCGACGGUGGCCUACAAUCUGCCGCCCAUCAGCAAGGUCAUGCUGACAUGCUUCCUUUCCAAUACGAGAGGUCUAGAAUUCUACAAGAAGGCGGGGUUCGUCAGAGAUGACCUGUCGCCCGAGGUCAGGAAGUUGCGGGGUAAGAUGUGCACCCCGGACUAUGUGAUCAUGAGCAAGACAAUAUCGAGGAUACGAGGUGAUGAGACUGAGAGGAUGCCGGCGGCGGCCUGCCCGCCCAUGGCCAAUGGUGGUGUGUCCAAGAAGGUAGCCAUAGGAAGAGAGGUAGGCUGA